GGAGAAAUGUAUAAUUCUGUCAAUGGAGUUCUUAGACGAAGAUGCCAAACCCAGAUUUGUCCUUCAAUCCAAACCAUUACCCCAAUCCAAUUCCGAUCCGGUAACCCAAACCCGUUCUUUUUACCGACCCGGAAUCAUCAUCUCCAUUUCCCUUUCUCUUCUCUUCUUCACUCUCUCCUUCCUUUACUUCAAUCUUGAACCAAUUGGAUCCAUUUUCUUAUGGCUCUUUCUUUCUUUCCUUAUUGGUCCUUUUGCUCCUAUUUCCGUUACAGCUGGUGAUAUUCGGGUCGGACUCGGAUCCCCCAUUCAAGACCCGCCAAAAGAAGAUCUUUCUGAUACCGAACCCGAGAAAAAGUCAAACAGAAGAUCCAACAAACCUAAAAAAAACGUUGACUUUGAGCCGGUUCUCGCCACCAAUUAUGACCCGAAACCCGAGAAAGUUAAUGGGUCGGUUCCAAAUUCGAAAAAAAGUAAUGGGUUGGUGGAAAAUUCGAAAAAUAGUGUAUGGAGUGAAGGGGAUGAGGAAUUGUUGAAGAAAAUGAUGGGGAAGAACCCGGUAGGGAAACCGGGUCGAUGGGAAGCGAUAGCGGAAGGGUUUAAUGGGAGAUAUAAAGUGGAAAAUGUGAUAAAGAAAGCUAAAGAAUUGGGUGAGAAGAAAAUGAGUGAUGAGGAUUCGUAUUCGAGGUUCUUGAAGGAUAGAAAACCAAUGGAUAAGAGAAGUGAGAGUGGAAAUGAAGGUGAUUUUGAUAAUGUGGAUGCGAAAAAGGCGGUGGAGAGUUGGACUAGUGGUGAGGAUUUGGCAUUGCUUAAUGCAUUGAAGACGUUUCCGAAGGAAGUGGCGAUGAGGUGGGAGAAAAUAGCAGCUGCUGUGCCUGGGAAGAAUAAGGCAGCUUGUAUGAAAAGAAUGGCUGAGUUGAAGAAGGAUUUUAGAAGUUCUAAGUCUGGUAAUGCUGAAGCUUAGGUAACAUAUUUUUCAGAUAUACAAUACUUAUUAUUUUGUUAGAAAAGACUACCUGAAUUAGUUGGGAUACUGUGAUUUGUUGAGGAAGAAAUUGAUAGGCAACCGGGGUUUACUUAAAAAGUUUUGAAUUUAUGUUGUUCUUUGAAAUAUGUAACUUGACAUUGAUUUGUAUGAAUAAAUACAUUUCCACUCUGUGGAGAUUGAGCUCA